CCACGACAGGAGGUGCAGCAGAGCAGCUUUUUCCUCCCGCUGACUGCUAGAGUUGCACCAUUUCUGUUUGCAUGUCUGAGAAAUGGAGAGAGGCCUUAGAUGUGCUGCAUCCAUGCCCACCUUAUUUCUCUCCUGUUUUGCAGGCAGAAUAUCUAAGGCAAUGGAACGUUCUACUGGCACACUGGGAAAAUGCCCACAAUGUAACGAGCAUUCUGCCAUCAGCCCUAACACCACCUCCUAAAGCACCCUCAGCUGUAAGGUUGAGAUUGCUGUGUGUUUGUGUGUGUGUCUUCUAUAGUGCUGUACUUCCAAAGAAAGAAAUUGAAGAUGUUCACAAAUUCACAUAUAGAGGGAAAAUCCAAGCUGUCUUUCAGACCCAUCUGAAAACUAAAUUGGCAAGCUUUCUCCCUGACACAGGCCAUGUUUAAGCGGCAUGCAGCCAGAGACUGCAUUUAACAAUAUAAAAAUAAUUCUCCAUAGCUUACUGAGGUAGCACACACAAAUAUAUAUGAGUAAUGCCCCAACGUUGCUAGUGAACAAGGCACUUAAUAAAAGCCAAACAACUGUCACACAUAGGUUAGAAGGUCAUUUCUCACACAUAAGAUAAACUAGAAAUCCAUCGAAAGGAUGGAAUCACAGAGAGUGUUGUGAAGUUUACUGGAAAAUAAAAAAUGAGUUUCACAUGUUCUUUCAUUUCCCAAGGGCACUUUGCUAAAUAUGUCCAUAUAUUGGCAUGCAUAGUUCAGAGGGGGUGAAAAAGUAUUCUUGUUUUUUCUUAAGAAAAAGAAGAUGAAUAUGAGUAUCUUGGGCACAUGAAAUAUGCACCAGUUUCAGUCUUGUUGACUUGACCUUAUAGUUUCAAUUAAAAUGCAGCAAGUGAGAGAAAGGAGGGAUAUUGGCACCAUUUGGCAAAUACAGAGCACCAUUUUUGCUUCUGCAGCAUUACCCACAUACAUCCCAUGUUUGUUGAUGUACAGUAAAA